AUGCAACUCGCGAUCAACACAGUCAACCCGCUCAAACUCGUAGCGAAGAUGCAUGAGCACGAAUCCUGUGAAGUCGCGGCUGCCGAGGAGAAGACGGCGCAUACAUUCCCCGGAGCGGUUCAUAUUCAAGAUGCCGCCGUGGCCAAAGACUUCGCGCUCAAUACCUACAUCCAGCCUAGCUAUCCUCGCACACUAGUCGUAUGGGCCGAUGGCAAUGGAGGUGAACGCCUCGACGACGGCCCAUGCACAGCAGCCAUAGGCUACCACGACCCCUUAUCUGGAGAAUGGGAAGUACACAUCACGGUGAGCCAUCACCCUUCUUGGACUGAAGCUAGCCUCAUCGCUAUUCAGGAAGCUUUCCGUGCCGCUGCGGCGAUGGCUGACCACAUCGACCACUUGAUCGUGUUUUCAAAUGCAAAAGAAGUGCUUGCGAACCUUGGAAAGAGCAGCGAUAUCUCGUGGGGACGAGGUGAAGCUCUCGUAGAAAGGGUACAGCAGGCUGCAAAGAAGCUCAUGGGAAAAGAUGUGCAGGUAGAUCUGCGUUUUGUACCAAACCGCACGAAAAUUGAAGGUCAUAGGCGGGUGCAGAAACUCUCCCGAAAGUACAAGAAGAAGGUCUUAACGGUGGCGCCGAAAGCACUCCUGGAGUACGACAUUGAUCUUCCUCCGAUCAGACUGAAGCAUCAGCAGCACAAGGAUGCAAAAGAAGAGCUGGAGGUGUUGCUGCGCAGCUGCUUAGAAGAUGCGAAGGCGGCAGGCAAAGUCGGACCUCGCAGCUCGUUGAAGCACGAGUGGAGAUUCGAGGCACGUCGUCUACGAAGGGAAGCAAAGAGGGAGUAUAGGAAGAUGAGAGAGCGAGAAGGAAAGCCGCUGAAGCCGACAGAUUCGGAAAUUGCGAUAUUGCGGGCGCAAAAAGGACGUCCUAGGAAAGCGUCUGGAGAGCUGAAGGAGGAAGAAGAUAUUACCAUCGACGCAGAGGAGAAGAUUCUGGAAUGGAAGGAUAUAUACCAAGAACUCGCAGGUAGCUCGUGGGAAGAUAGACGGCCACUAAAGAAGCGAAGCAAUAGUUUCGUUGGAGUUUAG